AUGACGCCGUUGACUGUCAAGGCCGUCCUGACUGCUACUGGCCACACCAGGCGUCUCACGUUCCCGGACACAGACUCAUUCACAUAUGACUUGCUCAGUGAGAGGCUGGCCCAAUCGUUCGGACUGCCUGGCCACGUACACUCGCCCACUCGAGAUCCGUACGAUGGCCCAGACGAGCCAUCGAGCCGUCAAGGCAGCUACUCAACCAAUAGCUGCGCCGGCUCCCUCAGGAUAUCCUUUCAGGACGAUGACGGCGAUCAGCUUGCCGUUGAAAACGAUGAUGACCUACUGGAAGCUAUCAACUUCUUUGCAGGCGACGAUGUCGACGCCGCGCCAAGUAUAGUCACCCAGAGCGACUCGAUCUACGCUCGAGCUAUGACGUACAAAGAUCCAAAGCAGAAGCUCUUGCUCAGACUCUCCAUCGCCUGGAUACAAGAAGCUGACGAUGCGCCUAGCUUGAGUGAGAGUGAGGAUGGCGAAUCCCUCAGUCAGUCUCCCAUUUCCGUCAGCACACCGGCCACGCGAGGCUCCGUCAAACUCUGGGAGCUGAAGCCACCUGCUCCUUUACAUGUCACCAACGGCCUUUCUCCCGUGUCGGCCAGGCUCAAUGAGGCAGUACCGCCAAUGCCCGCAACACCCAAUACUAUCGACAAGCUGCCCUUUGAUCCGCGCAGAGACGGUAGUUGGUCUGGCCGUGAAGCGUUCCAUCGCUCUUGGCAUGCGAAUAAUGUCUCGCAACAGCCACCGUCGGUCGUGUCUGCUCCGGACAGUCAGCUUGACGAUGCCACCAGCUUAGCGGGCACAAGCGUUUCCCGGAGCAUUUCUGUCGCUACCGCUCAAUCCUCGACAGACCCGACUCGUCAUCUUCAGCGGAACGAGCGACGAUCGAGUUUAAGGCGAGUGCCAGGACACCUCCUGAAAUGUGCAGAGUGCAAAACGCAGAUGCACGAAAUCCGCUACGUCUGUCAGAUCUGCGGGCCACUGCGACCUCACGCGGCGCAAGAUCCCGAUCUCUGGUCGCCCUCUACAGCUCGAGACAUUGACGAAGACAUCAAAGAGACCCCUGAGCUAUCCGAACCAGACGACAACGACGAUGCGCGGAGCGUACACACUUUAUCCGGCAAUGAGCAAGCCUCCACCUCUUCAGAGACCAGGGAUGACGAGGAGGAAACUUGCGGUUAUGAGCUUUGUCCACAUUGCGUCGAGUACGCGGGGCCCGAGCAUUCUAGGCGCGACCAUCGCACGGUAGCCUUUCCAGCUGCCUUUUGCGAAGUCGCUUGCUCACCAGAUGGCUACUGGAGCGAGACGGAAGAAUUGUCAGAAGCGCUGGCAUGCACACUCUGCGGAGCAUCCAAUCUCGUCCGUUGGCGCUGUCUCAGCUGUGCAAAGCUCGCUCUCUGUUACGAUUGCUUUGCGAAAGCGCCCAACUUUCAUCCGCAGCACUGCUUCGAAGUUCUCCCUGCUUAUCUGUUCUCGCCUCCUGCAACCCGUGCGCCUUCACUCGUACAGAAGCGUCUCGCGAACUACCGCGCACGCUCAACAACUGGACAGUCUGGCUUUUCGAACAGCUCGAAUCUGACGACCAUCCAUUCUGAUGCCAUCUGCCACCGCUGUCUCGAUCAGAUCGUCGGUCCGCGCUAUCAUUGCGCGGUCUGUCGCGAUGUCGAUCUGUGCAGCCAAUGCGAGAUCCACGAGGCUCAGUCAGAUCACUCUGACAUCGGGCCCCAUCAUCAUGCAGACCAUGUCAUGCUCAAGAUCAAUGUUCCCAUCACAGACGACCAAUUGCUCAGCCUGAUCACUUCUCGUGUCAGAGACCUCUGGCAUCCUAUCAGGCCCCCGCGAAGGGGCAGUGGCGAUAGCGGCUCGGACGACGGAUCUGAUCAUCCUCACCGUGGCGGUGUGGGAUGGCGGAAACGUGGCGGCUGGCGCGGUCACCACCACUCUCAUCACCAUGGCCAUCAUCAUGGGCCGCCGCCUCCUUGGGCACGCAAUGACUGGAGGGAUCAUCCUGGUCCUCCCGGACCGCCCUACGGACCGCCGGACCAUCGGCCGAGCUUCCCACCGCCGCAGCCUGUCUAUCUCGUCAACCCGACCAGUCCCACAGCGCCCAUGAACCUGGCCCAAUUGCCUCUGUCUGCCUUCUCUCAGAAACAUGGGGCGAUCUGUCAAGCAUGCCAGGAACACAUCGUAGGCGUCCGCUAUCGAUGUGCAAUGUGCGAAUCGACGAGACAAGCACGCUCCUUUGACCUCUGCUCGCGCUGCGAGCCCAUCACACAUCAUCCUCGCACACAUGUCUUCUUGAUGAUCCGCACUCCUCGACACGCAUUCGCACAGCUUCUCUUGCCAGAUUCGUUGUACGAUAGCAACACUAUCGACGAAAGUCGUGCCACCCUACAUACCAAAGUCAGAUGCGACGGCUGCCAGUCGUCGCCCAUCGUCGGCGAAUGGUAUCGCUGCCUCAAUUGUCGCGAGGGCUACGAUCUUUGCCGCACCUGCAUCACCAACAACGCACAUCCGGCUGAACAUUGCUUUCUCAAGCUGUCCAGGAGGGUAGAUAUGGACGCAUUCAAGGUCAUGCUAGCGUCGAUCUGA